AUGAUAAUGCUAGCAAGGUAUAUUGUUGGGUUGGUUGAUUUGCAGAUGAUGAGUGAAGAGUUUGGAGCUUUAAAGCAGUAUGAGGCUAGCGCGACCACUCGAAAUGAAAGCCGUGAGCAUAGUAUAAUUAAGCAGCGAAUGAGAUUAAAAAUCAUGCUGACGGUGCAUGUACGUCCACGUCAUCCAGAAGAGGCCAAAAACGCGUAA